GAUUUUCCUGAGAUGAAUAUUGGUCCAGUUAGGGCAUUCAACCUUAUGAGAAAGAUUCGUGGUGGAUUUGAUAAGGUUAGAGUGACGUCUACUGAUUGUAAAAAUUUUAAAAGAGAUAUUAAUUUGUUCAUUGGAGAGUUUGAUGUGGAUAUGGUUGUCCAACGUCUUAUGAAGAAGAAGCUGUAUUUGCCGAAUUUUUCUUGUGAAUUUUAUUGUGAUGAAAAAGGUGCUCUUGCUGGAUUAUUUUGGGCUGAUGAAGAAAUGAAACUGAAUUAUGAGGUCUUUGGGGAUGUUAUGUCUUUUGAUGCUACGUUCCGUACGAACAGGUAUGACUUGGUAUUUGUUCCGUUCACUGGAAUCGAUAAUCAUCAUCACAAUGUCACGUUUGCUGGUUCUUUGUUAGCAUCUGAAACUGCUGAAUCAUAUAAAUGGCUUCUUCAAAGUUUUUUGAAGGCUUUUGGUGUUGCACCUAAGGUGGUUGUGACUGAUCAGGACGCUGCAAUGAAAAUUGCCAUCCGAGAUGUUUUCCCAGAUACCAGACAUCGUUUGUGUAUGUGGCAUAUAAUGAUCAAAGUUUCUGAAAAGGUUGGUACUGAGCUAUCACAAGAUGAGGUUUUUAAAGAAGAUAUAUGUGAUGUUGUAUGGACUGAUGCUCUUGAACCAGCACAGUUUGAGACACAAUGGUGUGAUUUAAUGAUUAAGUACAACCUUACUAGUAACAGCUGGCUGUCUGAUAUGUACAACCUCAGAUCAGUGAAAAUCAUUUUUUUGGUCAAUUAACCAACACAAAAUUGUCAUUAGUUGAGUUUUUGAGCCAUUUUGAUACUGCAAUGGAAUCUCAGAGGUUUAAGCGCAGCAAACGUGAUCAUGAUACCAGAUACACACAACCUCGCAUGAAAACCAAUUAUGAAUUGGAACUGGAAGCUGCAAAGAUUUAUACUCGGGGGAUAUUUUUUGAUGUUCAAGAAGAAAUUCGACUUGCUUGCAAGAAUUGUAUGUGCAGGCGUGAAGAAGAAGUUGGUGAUUCAAUUAAGUUUUAUAUUCUACAGGUCAAUCUUCCUGGCCUUCAUGAGGUAUUUAUUUAUACCUUUAGUA